UUGACAGUUCUCCCUAUUGUCUAUUUUGUUGUUUGCAAUUUGUAUCGGUGAUUUGGUUAUAAUUUUCAGUCUGUUAAUUAAUAGACUGUUGUAAUAAAAGUUGUGUGAAUUUUUUAAACAUAUAUUUUAAAGAUAUCGCACAUUAUGGAUGGGCCACCGGGUACGGGAAAUCCUAAUAGUGGACCAAUGAUACCACCAAACAUGCCGAACUUCCCUCCUAUGCCGCCACCACCAGGAUCUAUGAAUACCGGUCCUGUGGGUCCUCCUGGAAGUAUGCCACCGGUCAGUUCUACUGGGCCAGCUAUGCCUCCACCUGGAAUGAUGAACAUGGGCCCUCCGCCUCCAGGUAUGGGUCCACCUCCUCCUGGAAUGGGCCCUCCUCCUGGCAUGGGACCUCCACCACCAGGAAUGGGACCGCCCACACCGGGAAUGGGACCGCCGCCACCAGGAAUGGGACCACCGACAUCAGGAAUAGGACCUCCACCACCAGGAAUGGGUCCACCUACAUCAGGAAUGGGCCCUCCCGGAAUGGGUCCUCCAGGCAUGGGACCACCACCAAACAUGGGCCCACCACCUCCUGGAAUGGGUCCUCCAGGCAUGGGACCACCAAUGGGCCCUCCGGGAAUGGGCCCACCACCUCGGAUGCCUCCUAAUAUGUUGAGGGGGCAAAGUAAUUAUAAUCCUGGAAUGGAUGUCGGUCCACCAGGAAUAGGUCCACCACCCAACAUGCCACCACCUGGUAUGGGACCAGGGUCUUGGGAUAAUCAGGGACCUCCACCUGGAUGGGGAAUGCAAGGACGAGGGGAUGGCCCCCCUGGUUGGGAUGAUCAUGGAGAUGAUCAAGACGAUGAAGAUAAUGAUGAUGACAAAUCUGGUCCACUAAAUAAUUCACUCCCUUCACUGCUUACAAUGAAGAUUGAUACCCCAGAAGAAUUCAGAAAUAAACAAGCCACUCAGAAUGUUGUUGGCGUCGUUUUGCCCAAGGCCUUGGAGGAAGCCUUAGCUUAUAAAGAUCAAAGACAGGCUGCCCUUGGUCAUGAAAAUGAAAAAGCAACAGAGCAAGACAGACAGUUGAAUCCACCACCUGCUCCUGUUAUCAGUUCAGAGUAUGAUGCAGAGGAAGAUGAGGGAGAUUCUGAUGAUGACAACAUUCCCGAUGCACCACAGCCACCUGUUAUAUCUAAACAAGAAAAUCAAGCAAACAAAUCUAACAAGAACAAACGUAAAAAGAAGAAGAAGAAGGCAGCCAAACAGAAAAGAAUGGAGUCUAAGUUGAAAGUGACCGAGAAAACUUCUGAGAAAACUGACUCACAGAAGUCUAGCAACAAGGAAAACAAGCAGGAAGCUGAAAUUGAGUAUGUCCAAGAAAGUAUUCAUUUCCAUGAGUUAGAACCUAUGUACCGGCAGUUCCACCGCAUCUUAGAGGCGUUCAAGAUAACAGACAAAAAAGAAGAGGAUGUAAAAGAAGAAUUGAAUAAAGAAUUACCAAAACCUAAUAAAUUGUUGGAAAAAGUCACUGAUCAAUUUGCAACUGAUGAAGAAGCCGUGGAGAAACAUGCUGCGGAUGAAAAAGAGCGUCUUUCUAAGCGCAAACUCAAGAAGCUGUCGCGAUUAUCAGUGGCUGAACUGAAGCAGCUCGUGUCCAGACCCGAUGUGGUGGAGAUGUAUGAUGUGACCGCGAAGGAUCCCAAGUUGCUAGUGCAGCUUAAGGCUCAUCGAAACACUGUUCAGGUGCCGCGUCAUUGGUGCUACAAACGCAAGUAUUUACAAGGGAAGCGUGGUAUAGAGAAGCCGCCAUUCGACUUGCCGGACUUCAUCAAGAAGACUGGUAUUAUGGAGAUGAGGGCCUCGUUGCAAGACAAGGAGGAGACCAAGACAUUGAAAGCCAAAAUGCGUGAACGGACCCGGCCGAAACUUGGCAAGAUUGAUAUUGACUACCAGAAACUCCAUGAUGCCUUUUUCAAAUGGCAAACUAAGCCGCGUAUGACAAUCCAUGGCGACCUCUACUACGAAGGCAAGGAGUUCGAGACUCGGCUGCGGGAAAAGAAACCUGGAGACCUGUCCGAGGAGCUGAGGACGGCUCUCGGCAUGCCUGUGGGACCCGGCUCACACAAGGUGCCGCCGCCGUGGCUGAUCGCGCAGCAGCGGUACGGUCCUCCGCCCUCGUAUCCCAACCUUAAGAUCCCCGGCCUCAACGCGCCCAUUCCUGAUGGUUGCGCGUUCGGAUAUCACGCAGGUGGCUGGGGCAAGCCACCUGUCGACGAGCACGGGAAGCCGCUGUAUGGUGACGUGUUUGGCCACCAGUCUGCUGGGCAAGAUGAUAAUGAAGAUGUUGACAUCGACCGGACACUGUGGGGUGAAUUGGAGUCUGAGUCAGAGGAGGAGUCUGAAGAUGAAGAGUCCGACGAAGAGAAAGUGGGAGAAGGAGAGGUGGCUACUGGAGUGGCGACACCUGGUGAGGGGCUGGUGACCCCGCUAGGCAUCUCGUCAGUGCCGCCCGGCAUGGAGACACCAGAUACCAUCGAGCUGAGGAAGAAGAAGUUGGACACUGACCUUGAGGGCGGCGACACUCCGACCCUGUACCAGGUGCUGCCGGAGCGACGCGUGGGGCUGACGGCGGGCAUGAUGGCCUCCACACACGUUUACGACAUAAACGCUGCUAACCCGGGUAAAGCCCGCGCAGCGACCAGCGAGGGCGGCAGCGUGUCGACGACGGGCACCGUGGAGGUGACACUGGACCCCUCGGAACUGGAGCUGGAGCCUGAGGCAGUGGCAGCGCGCUACGAGCGGCAUCUGAGGGAUCAGCGGCCCGCGCGCCAGGAGGACCUCUCCGACAUGCUGGCGGACCACGUCGCCAGGCAGAAGAAUAAAAGGAAGCGGCAACAAAACACAGAUGCAAAACAAGCGAAGAAAUACAAGGAGUUUAAAUUUUAAAAACAUUAUAAUAUCUAUAAUAUAUCUACUCUUAAGACUUAUUAAAUUGAGUUUUCAUCAUGCUAAGUAUAAGAUAAUAAAAUAUAAGUUAUAGUAAA